GAAAUCAGUCUCUCAUGCCCCCGGCUGAUAAUAUGACUAUGACGACUUUCAAACUGAGGGGGGCAGCAAUACGACUUAGCUGUGUUUAAACUGCCUAACCAAAGAAGAAGAAGAAGAAGAAGCUCGGUCUUUCCAAGUCUCAACUGCCACAGUGGAACCCAUCGCUACGUUCGCAACAAGGAUUCAUCUGAAAACAUGAGUCUACGAGAAAUCAGCGAGAACGUGAAGCUGGCCCGCGAAUACGCCUUGCUGGGAAACUACAGCUCUGCCAGUGUUCUCUAUAAUGGAUUGCUAGAACAAAUCAAAAAGUAUGUGUACACUAUGGGGGACAGCAGUUGUCAGCAGAGAUGGCAGCAGUUGUGGCAAGAAAUUAGUGAAGAGAAUCAACAAGUUCAGGAUAUAAUGUCGACCCUGGAGAACUUCCAGCUGGACACAAUGCCUGCUAAACCCAGUAACCACAAUGACUGUGAAAUAAGCCCUGUGCACAUUGAACAGAGACAUUUUCCUUGUCCAGUGAGGCGGCCUGCCAACUCCUAUAAAGACAGCAAACCUCCCAACCACCGCCUGAGUGCAGCUGUGAAGGCCCAGCACCGGCACUCGCCCCGCGGGGCCAGUGUGGACAAAGGCAGACCUCUCAAAAGCAAAGAAAAGAAGGAGGCAAAGGAGGUGGCAGUCAAAGUAAAGGAUGAUAAGAAUAAAGCAGAUGUCCAGGAGAAAGAAUUAAAAAAGUUUGAUGGGACUGGAUAUGACAGAGACCUUGUGGAAGCUCUGGAGAGAGAUAUUAUAUCGCAGACUCCAAAUGUUAAAUGGGACAACAUUGCAGACUUGGAAGAAGCAAAAAAACUCCUGAAAGAAGCGGUGGUGUUGCCGAUGUGGAUGCCAGCGUUUUUUAAAGGCAUACGAAGACCAUGGAAGGGCGUGCUUAUGGUGGGACCUCCAGGCACGGGGAAAACACUUCUGGCCAAAGCUGUUGCUACUGAAUGCAGAACCACAUUCUUCAAUGUUUCUUCAUCAACUCUCACCUCCAAGUACCGAGGGGAGUCGGAGAAGCUGGUUCGCCUUCUUUUUGAGAUGGCUCGUUUUUAUGCUCCCACUACAAUCUUCAUUGAUGAGAUCGACUCCAUGUGCAGCCGCAGAGGGACUUCAGAGGAGCAUGAGGCCAGCCGAAGAGUCAAGGCAGAGCUGCUGAUGCAGAUGGAUGGUGUCGAUGGAGCACCAGAAAGCAGUGACCCGUCAAAGAUGGUUAUGGUCCUGGCAGCCACCAACUUCCCAUGGGACAUUGAUGAAGCUAUGAGGAGGCGGCUGGAAAAAAGAAUCUACAUCCCUCUGCCUUCAGCCAAGGGGAGAGUGGAGCUGCUCAAGAUCAGUUUGAAGGAGCUGGAGCUGGCCAAUGAUGUGGACUUGGACAAAAUCGCAGCACAGAUGGAGGGUUACUCAGGAGCCGACAUCACCAACGUGUGCAGGGAUGCCUCUUUGAUGGCCAUGAGGCGGAGAAUUGAGGGCCUCACACCAGAAGAGAUCCGCAACAUUUCUCGGGAUGAGAUGCACAUGCCCACUACUAUGGAGGACUUUGAGACCUCUCUAAAGAAAGUGUCCAAAUCAGUGUCGGCAGCUGAUCUGGAGAAGUAUGAAAAGUGGAUCAAAGAGUUUGGGACCUGCUGAAAAAAAGGCCAGCAUCCAAACCGUCUGGAGCUGAAUGUGAAAGUACUUUGAGGUUCUACGAUCUGAGUGACACUGAGUUCUAGCAUGGCUCUGUGUGAGGCUGUGGCUGUGGUUUUUCUGAAUCUUGACUGGGAAGAAAGUCAUGUUUCUUACUUUAGGUGCAGUGGAAAAAUAGCACUUCUUCCUAUUGUUCCUGUCUUCCAUUCUUAAUGUUUAAUGUUAAUUGCUUUUGACUUAUGUUAAUAAUUUCAGUUGCAAAGUGUAAUGAUCUGGAAAUCAUCAAACGUGUUAAA